AGCAGUAUCAGUGUAUCUAUAUAUAUAACCACAGAGUAAAUGGUUUGGGGCAAUCAAAAUAUGUCAUGAGGUUGGGUCAUGCCAUAGUACAUCGCGCUCGGUGGCUCUCGCCCUCGUGGUGGCGAUAGACACCCUCCUUGUUCGUCGACUUUGUCGUUGUGUCACACGGUCACCCCGACGAGGUUUUGCAUGUUCAAUACAUGUCGGUUGCAGUUGGAGGAUACUAAUGCUUGUGGGACAAGGGUUAUAACGGAUAUUGGGCGGCAACAACCCAUCAGCGAGGCCGGGCCGUGUUCAAUGGCAUCUGGACUAGGCCUGGUGGUAAACACAUCUGAUGUCAUGUCAUGCAUAGAUCCAGCGCAACUUAAGAAAGCUGAGCCCAUCACUAUAGAAUCUACCUCUUCUGAUGGAGAGAGUGUUGGAAUUACUUUGGCCAAUACCAGUGGUCUGUCAGACGAUAUUCGGGGCACAGUCACUCCAGAGGGAUAUAACACAAAUGUACCAGGUCCAGUAUUUACUGGAAAUCUGCUCAGACUUCAAAGACACAGAUAUCAUCCUGAAUCCUAUGGAAGAAUUUCUUCGGUUCCAAAGGCAUUAUGUUGCCCAAGCUGCACAAAGCGUUAUACAAGAAUGAGCUCUCUUGUCAGGCACCGUAAAAAGAUUCAUGAAGUCAGCAAUAGCAGCUCAAAGCCUAUGUUGAAGAACUGAAUUCGUCGGACAUUUGUUCCUUGCACAACACCAGCCUUUCCAGAAAUAUC